AUGCCGGUGGGCUUGCAGCUUGCAGAGUGCCCCAAAGAUGCCCAGAAGGAUGCAGCAUCCUUUCGGUUCCGACGGGAAGGCAGUUCCCAUGCUCCCUACUGCAGAAUGAUGCAGGAUCAGUUUGACACCCUCGAAAAACACACCCAGUGGGGUAUCGACAUUUUGGAAAAAUAUAUCAAAUUCGUCAAAGACAGAACGGAGAUUGAGAUCAACUACGCAAAGCAGCUUAGGAACCUCGCAAAGAAAUACCAGCCCAAAAAGAAUUCCAAAGAAGAGGACGAAUACACGUAUUCAUCAUGCCGAGCCUUCCUAGCGACUCUGAACGAAAUGAACGAUUAUGCCGGUCAACAUGAAGUUAUUUCGGAGAACAUGACCUCCCAGAUCACCACGGAGUUAGCCCGUUAUGUACAGGAGCUCAAGCAAGAAAGGAAAUCGCAUUUCCACGACGGGCGGAAAGCGCAGCAACACAUCGAAACCUGUUGGAAGCAGCUGGAAUCGAGCAAGCGACGAUUUGAACGGGAUUGCAAAGAAGCCGACCGAGCGCAGCAAUACUUCGAGAAGAUGGACGCAGACAUCAACGUCACGAAAGCAGACGUCGAAAAGGCCCGCCAGCAAGCCCAGCUCCGUCACCAGAUGGCCGAAGACAGCAAAGGAGAGUAUUUAUCCACCUUACAGAAGUUCAACCACGAGCAGCGAGAGCAUUACCACACGCAUAUUCCCAAUAUUUUCCAGGACUCUCAGCUGGUGAUCGACGCCUUCAAAUCCGGCUUUGAACCUCCGGGAGACGUCGACUUUGAAGACUUCACCCAGCCGAUCAAGCGAGCCGUUUCGGAAUCCAGUCUCUCCAACUCCAAAGAGGGCAAAUCUGAAUCCAGAUUUUCAAGCAAGUCCAAGGGCAAAUUGUGGCCGUUCAUAAAAAAAAACAAGCUUAUGUCCCUU